AUGGAAAUGGACGUUGAUUACCAACGUCAUCAAAUGCAUCAAGCAUUGGCUGAGGAGCAAAAUACAAAUACAAAUAGGAUUGUGAAUGUUGAUUCAAAUGAUCCAGAGGGGUUUGGUUUUGGACAUGAAGCAACCAAUUUCUCAGAAGGAGACCUGGAGCAUUUGGGCCGCUGGAUCAGUGAUGCUUUUGCUGCUGGAAUGCAUGAUGAGCAUUUUCUCAUGGAUCCUGAUUAUGAAUCAGAUGGGGAUUCAGAAGCGGGUCUGCCGGAGUCACUAUGGUUUCCUUUCCCACACAAGGAGUAUUAUGUAGCAGAACUCAUUCUUGGCCACCUCCACCAUAUGUUAUCUCGGGUGGUGUAUGAUAAUAUUAGAGUUGGGGUGAGCAUUCUCAAUUUAAUUCUUCCGCAUUGGGAUAGUAUGAGAAGAACUCGGCAGAAAAUCAGGAAGCUCCUGGACAUACACAUCAUGGAGCAUGAGACAGUCUUCAAUAUUACUUGCUUUUCGUUGAGUUUGAAAGACAUUUUGGCACAUGAACUUGCAAACCCGUAUGUUGUUGAACAUCUGGAAUUCUACCCACAUGAGACAAAUGGAAAAAACAUCCGUGCCCUGUAUCACAGUGCCAAAUGGCGUGAACAUCUUGGGAGAGAAUACCGUGUCCAAAUGGUCCCUGCGGGAGGAAAACAUUACUAUAUCUAUGAGCCAGUCACUCUUCGAAAUGGGCGCAUAGUUGUACCCAUUUUCUUCUACAAGCACGAGACAGUAUUGCGUUCCAAAUGUGUCAUUCCAAAAUUUGCCAAAGCAACGAAUCACAACAACUCAGGAUCAAGCCAACAGAGCCAAGGCUCGAUUGAAUUUGAUUUCUACAUACGCUCGAAUAUCCAGUACGAUUCACCAGAUGUUUUGGAUAUUGAAGUGGGACAAUUUGACAAAAUUUACUCCGAGAUUGUUUGUCCCAGACGGUUACUUGAUGAUGGCCCAAGUGUGUACAUGAUGCUUAUACCCCACUUCUUUUCAGAAAUUGGGGCAUCUAGAUCAUCUGAUCCUAUUGUUGUUCCCAAUCCAUGGAGAAUCAGGGCCAAGAACAAGAUCAUCAGACAUGUACCUCUCACUCUGUAUGCGGACGACACUUCUGGGAACAAAUCCAAAAGGUGGAAUAAACACAUUUCAUUCUAUCUUACAUUAAGCGGACUGCCUCCUGAAAUGACAAACAUGGAAUAUAAUUGUCACUUUGUGACCACCUCAAAUGUUGCCUCUCCACUUGAAUUGGCUGAACCAGUGGUUUCACAACUCAAUCAGUUGAGCACCAAAGGAGCAUUUGGAUUUGAUGCCACAUUGAAAGAAGAAGUCAUGUUCAUGUGCAUACCUCUUGAUUUUCUGGCCGAUUCUCCAAUGGCAGCCGAAUUUACAAAUACCCCUAAUCCUGGCAAGGCAAAUAACCCAUGUCGUAUGUGUCACCUACAGACCAAUACGGUUGAAAAUCGAUGCACUUUGGAAUUUAUCAAAGCAUUCUUUGGACAGCCCCAGAUGCCUGCCUCCAGGAAGUGGCACCAAACAAUCAGUCGCUGUAAGACUCAAAAAGUGGUUGUAAGACCCUUUUUGCUGAAUGGAGAAGGGGAUGGUGGAGGUGCAAGCUCUGCCCUUCUAUACUAUCAGAUAACAAGACCCACCAAGCUCAGCUUGGCAAGUUUUAAUCAAGUGAUAGGGUUUUGUAAAGGUGGUGUAUCUUUGAUUGAGUGGUACUAA